UUUACAUAUCUUUACAAUUUUUACAAUUUCUUUUACGUCUCCGACGUAGCUAUUUGUGACGAUUAUUCAUUGAAUAGCGGAUAAUUGAAAUAUGAAGUACGUGACAGGUAAAAUUUAAUCAAAGAACCUAUAAAAGAGUAAUUUACAUGACAAGUAUUGUUACCGUAACUAGACGAGAGUAGACGGAGUAGACGUUCGUCGAUAUUUAAUCGCAUAUAUUAAUCAUUACUUUAAUGGAAAGUAUUAAAUCCAUAAACGUUCGUUUUUAUCAAACCUAUCAAUCAACGUUCACGAUACGUGUUAUCUUAAUUUUCAAAAUAUCAUGUAUUAUAAAAUAAUAACAAUCUAAAUAAAUAUUUUUUUUCUCUAUCACGAAGAAAAAUGUCAAUGGAGAAUUUCGCUAAUUUAUUUAUAAAUUCACGUAUAAAUUAUCCCAACGUUAAAAUUUAUUAUUUUAUAUACUAAAUAUAUUAAUUACCAGAACGCAAUAUAACGUAAUAACAGAUAAUUCCAUGGGACGUGCAUGUAGUAUUUGAAACAAAAAAUUGAUAAUUUUCGAAACGACGUGACGAAGGUCAGAAUAUUAGCAAUGGCGAGCGGGCGUGUGCUCAUCGUUGGUAAAGUGAAAAAAAAAAAAGGUGAAAGGUGAAAUUCAAUGGUGGUGUAACGAAAUUUGGGCAGUAGGAGGACCAGUAUAAAACGACCGUAGCAUUCUCGAAUCCGCAUCAGUCACACCAGUCUUCUCUUUCAAACAAGAGUAGUCACAGAAAUCGAUUUGUAACCAUGAAGAUGAUCAUAGCUUUCUUCGCCGUUUUGGCUGUCGCUCUCGCUCUUCCGAGACCUCAGGAUGAUGUGGUGCUCGUUAAGGAAACUCCCUCCGACAAUAUCGGUCUUGGUAAUUACAACUAUGGCUAUGAACUCUCCAAUGGUCAACAUCAUGAGGAAUCAGGCCAAUUAACGAAUGUUGGCACUGAAAAUGAAGCUGUUGCUGUUAGGGGUAGCUUCGGUUGGGUUGACCCAGUUACCAAUCAACGAUACACCAUCAGCUAUGUCGCUGACGAAAACGGAUUCCACCCACAAGGCGAACACAUUCCUUCCUAAAUCUUUAUAUCUCUUCUAAAAAAACGCUUGUUACACGACCAAUGAUCCAACAACAAGAACAACUCGAAGAAUCGCCGAAACUCAUAGUUACCUGAUUAAUGACUACCCUCGUUUAGCGACUGAGACCAAAGUUUCUUUCACUGGCGCUGUAUUAAUUCCGAACUUGUAUAAAACUCUUUGAUAAAUAUAAAUGUAUAGAUAAUUGAAAUAAAUGUAUAGAUAAAUGUAUAGAUAAUUGAUCAGUUUCAACCCUCAUUGAUCGAAUGGACACUGCUGAC